AUGGGGGCGGGGACGGCUGGGGAGCUCCCAGCCAACUCUGUGUCUGGGUUUUUCAAGAGGAUGGUGAAGUCGGAGGCCAGCAAUGCGGCUACCGCCUAUUUCCGUCCAGCAAGACCCUUGCCCUCUCUGGUCACAGUCCUGGGGCUGGGCUACUUCGCGUGGGUUGUCUUCUGGCCUCAGAGUAUCCCUUAUCAGAACCUUGGGCCCCUGGGCCCCUUCACUCAGUACUUGGUAGACCACCAUCACACCCUCCUGCGCAAUGGGUAUUGGCUUGCCUGGCUGAUUCAUGUGGGAGAGUCCUUGUAUGCCAUAGUAUUGUGCAAGCAUAAAGGCAUCACAAGUGGUCGGGCUCAGCUACUCUGGUUCCUACAGACUUUCUUCUUUGGGAUAGCGUCUCUCACCAUCUUGAUUGCUUACAAACGGAAGCGCCAAAAACGAACCUGAAGAUGUCUGAAAGCUUGCUCUACACUUUUACAUUCAUCCUCACCUUUUUUUUUGUGGGGUAGGGGAGGUGCAGUAUUUACUCCGUGAUCUUUCUACUUUCUAGAAACUGUCUGUCCUUCAAAGCUAUUUAAGACCCCCUCGUUAGUCAGUUUUUUCUCUUAUACGCUCUGGUUGAGCUUGAAUAGACCACUUGUUACUUAAGAAAGAAACAGAGAAAGAUUUUAGCUUUUCAAUCCUAUUUGGCAGAGGACUUCAGCUACCUUCUUACAGUCUUUGGCUGUGUUGGCGCCCUUGUGUGCUCUGAGCUAAGCCACAUACUAAUUGACAUUUUGGUUUGUAUACCCUUGCUCCCACCUUCUGAUGAAAACACCUUACCCUCACAACCACCAUCUUUCCUCUCCUUUCCCAAAGCUCUUUCCACCUUGCUGCACUAAGAUAAAGUGAUACUUCCACUAUAUGUCAAUUCCAUACACAUUUAUUAGGUACCUGUGAGGUAGGAUCCUAUCCGCUCAAACUUCCAUUUCUCAUGCUACAGAGAAAGAUAAGGAAGAUGAGCAAGUGCCUGGAAUGGGGCAGGCUGAGCCAUCACACAGGCAUAGAGGCACGCUGAGAACCCAGAGGGGAGACUGCAGAGUGCCUUCCCUGAUGCUGCAGCUGGAAGUGAUCCUUCCCUUCCACCUGGCCCCUGGGACACUGUGCUCUGUAGUGUGCAGGGCCUGAUGGCACUGCUAGAUUGCUCCUUCAGCGCAGGGCCACAGCUUAAACAGCUUUACCUUUCCCCUCAGCACCUUUCCCACUAUCUUGCACACAGGUGCUCUAACCAUGUUUAUUGAACAAAGGAGGGAAACUGAUUUCACUUUCACUUGUUCAUUCGCAUUCCAAUUUUUAUGUGAAAAUGGCACAACCCAUUUGGGGUACCCUCAUCCCAAAAGAAAAGCCCAAGUCUACCUUUCACUGGUACCACCCUUUUUGUGGGUUCCUUGGGGAGAAACCUUUAUCUUUUUCAUACCUUUCUAUUCUCAAUCACUUCUCCAAAAGUGUCUCUUCCCAGCUCUGAUUUAUUCAAAAUGCACAAGCAUUUCUGUUUAGAGAUCCUAGCCCAUGGGUUAUCCAGCUAGUUACUACCUCUCCUGUUCACUUAGUUAUACUUUAUUAUUGCUCACAGGUUGGGGAGGCAGAAUGACUCUGUCACCACUAGGAGCCAUUAGGGCUUCUUCCCUGGAGGACUGCCUGCUUGCUUUCUGGGGACACUAGCCCUCAUUUCCCUUCUGUGGUACAGUGGGGCAAGUUAUUUGUAUUAAGCAAACAUUUAUGGGAAGAAAUCCCCUGCCCAAAACGGAGCCCCCAAGUAAAGCACAACCCCGAAAUAUUAUGAACUAUGAGUUGUCUCUAGUGGAGAUAAAUUUCUGCAACUAUAUCUCAGUCUUUCCCUCUGUUUCUCUGGUGAUUAAGUUGCUUUUUGGUAAGGAAAAGGAUUUUUGACCAUAGAGUUAGGCAUCAUGGAAAUUCAAACCAGAUUUCUUAAUACCUGGUCUUCCUCAAAGAGAAAUAAUAACAGUAAUAAUGGUGCAGGGAACAAUAUGGCAGAUUAUUGAAUGAAAUGGAUUAACUGGAAUAAAACGCUGUGAAUUAUCUCUAGUUGAA